CAAGUGAACUGCUCAAGCGGCCGCAUGGCACCAUGGAGUCUAAUUUGCUGCCAAAUGACAGUACAUAUCAUCCUGAGACCGGCCUGUCUGUGCCGCAAGUGGCCAUAUGGAUGGUUUUCAUCACCAUCUUUAUGGACACGCUAGCGGCCACCAUCUCCACCCCAGCAUUGCCUUACUAUGCGCGGUCCUUCCAUGUCAAUAAUGCCGCGGUGGGAUACCUCUACGCUUCCUGGAGCUUCACUUCGGCGUUCUGCGCCCCGAUGCUGGGCCGCCUCUCUGAUCGCUUCGGGCGGAGGACCAUUCUGCUGGCAUCCUUGGUGGGCGCCGGCGUGGCCAACCUGGGCCAGGCCUGCGCGGGCACCUACUACCAGCUGCUGGUGUGGCGAGCCUUCUCGGGGGUGUGGGCGGCUGUGGGCAACUCUGCGCAGGUCUACUUGAGCGACGUGUGCUCCCCCACGGUUCUGGGGGACUACAUGUCCAAGCUUGCCGCGGUUCCAAGCUUGGCCAUGACCUUUGGCCCGGGCCUGGGGGGCGGCUUGUCCAAGUUCGGGCUCAACGUGCCUGUGUUGGUCGAUGGGGCUUUGUCCCUGGCGGCUGCAGCGCUCUGCUGGGUCUACCUGCCGGAGUCACCUGUUUGGUCCAAGGAGACUCAGGGUGGGACUUCCCCCAAAGCCGCCCCCAAGGGCGGCACGUCUAUGAGCGUCAAGGUGCUGUGUAUGUCUGGCUUCUUUGCCGGCAUCGGCUUUGGCACUGUCGUGUCCAUGACUGCCAUCUUCCUGGAUGCCAAGCUCAGCUUCGAUUCGCUGCACGUGGGCUUCACUUUCGUUCUGUCGGCUCUUGCCACGCUGGCUACCAGCAUCUGGGGCACCAGUCCGCUACAGAAGAUGUUGGGGCUCAAGAGCUGCGCCGUGUGGGGCUCACUUUUGAAUGGCGUCUUUAUCCUUGCGAUGGCAGUUGUGCCCGGCGUUUGGCCCACCCUAUUGUUCCUUUGCCUGUCUAGGGUGGCCAUGACCUUGCGCUCGGGCAGCAAUGGGACGAUCCUCACAAAGUUCACUGACGCCUCGAACCGGGGCACUGUCUUUGCCCAGCAGCAGUUUGCUAUGAACAUGGGGCGGCUGGUUGGCCCGGUGGUGGCAGGCCACCUGGCGGUCCACGACCCGGUGCUGCUGCCCUGGGCGUUGGCGGCGGGCUGCAGCGUGGUCUCGGCGCUGGUGCUGCUGGCGGUCCAGAUGCCGGCGGAUGGAGCCGCGUCUCCGGACAAGCGCCUGCUGCGGGGCUUCACGGAUCUCGGCGACGCAGCGCAACUGGAGUACGGCAGUGCGGAGGAUUGCCGCGCCUUGGGCAACUACGUGGGGGAUCUGCUGGCGAAGCGGCGGUACCGCUGGGUCUCCCGGAGGGAGGCAAUCUACAGUAUGUUGGACAAACUAUUGCCAGAGCUCUCGGCCGACGCGGGGAAUCAUCGUGAAGAUUUGGAGCGCUUGAUGAAGCAUGUGGAACUGAUUCAAAAGGAUUUUCAAGGUGGCGUCCAAUGCAGAGAGUGCUGAUAUAUAGCUGUGAUGUAUGCGGAGGGUAAAGCAAAGCAAACCGGGCUGCGUUUUGCACUCACAAUUGUUUACAGUUUCCGGGGGGCACUAGUUCCGCAGAGCAGCAGUUAGCUGUGCACUUGCAUGCUCGCCCGGCACUCAUGGCCAUAUUGAUUUUGAAAAAUGUCCUGGGA